AUAUCGGCCAUCCUUUUCUUCUCUUUUGCAAUUGUAUAUCAAGUUUAUCGCUGGCCGAAAUCACCAAUAUGGCGCCCUUUAUUAUUAUUGUAGCCUCUGGUUCUAAAGUGUUGGACUCACAAAUUACAAGCGCAUUUGGUCUAGAAUACGACUUUGUAUUUCUCACUGAUAAGGAAAUCACUUUUGACCCGACCCUUGAGCUCAUUCGAGAUCAAGGGAGAGAGGCCAAGGUGUUCCCAAUUGACAGCGGAGAUGAAUCCUCCAUUCAGGAAGCUAUCGCCAAUGUCACCACACAACUAGGGGACAAGCACUGUGCAGCCGCCAUCUUCCAAAUGAGCAGCGCUGAGAGGACACCCAAAGACUUUUUGCAGCAAAACCUUGACGAUUUCCGCAGCGAGGUUGUCACGCCCAUCCAAAGUGCCUAUGUCUUUGCAAAGGCUACCUUGCCUCUGUUGCAAACCCAUGAUGGCACGGGUGCGCAUCCUCCCACUCUGUUAUUUUCGGGACCUCGGGGAAGUUCUUCUCCCGAUAAUAUCCAUGAAAAUGCCUUGGUGGCGCUAUCACGAAGUCUAGCGCGUGAGUAUGGACCAAAAGGCGUCCAUGUGGCUCAUGUAAAGUAUAAACAAGACAGAGAAGUUAAAACUACAGAGCAGGCGGUAAGUAGGCUUUUGUUAUUUAGUGGAGACUCUUGGCGGUUAACACGAGAUAUAGGUUGUUGAGGCUCUUUGGGGCCUACAUGUACAACCGUUAUCCUGUUUUAUGAAUGAAAUUAUCCUGUAGUACAAUCCCGUUGGGGUCCUAGCCUAAGAGAGCCUGGGAGGGAAAUGUACAGAGUCCCUGUUGGACGACCAAAGACCGGAGAUGAAUAGCCAUGUGUAUUCCUGUAUUUCUAUAGUAGCUACUACAGCAAUACCCAACACAAUCAACCGUCUAGCUGCAUCUAUGGUUUGUUGCAGCAGCACUUCUUCGAAAACCAACCACAGCCG